GGCGGCGGGAGAUGGACGGUGGGCGAUGAAUGAUGAACGGGGAGCACGGAGUGCGGCGCCUGCACCGGGCGCUACGACAGCAGGAUUCUCGUUUCUAGGUGACACAGCAGUAGCUGGCCUUAUCAAGAACGAUGAUGAGACGGAGUAUAGAGAGGAAGUGGAGUGGCUGGUGGAUUGGUGUGAGAAGAACAACCUAAGCUGGAAUGUGGAGAAGGCAAAGGAAACUAUUGUGGACUUCAGGAAGGUGCAGACAAAUCAUCCCCCUCUGUGAAUACAUGGCUCCUCCACAGAGAGAGUCCUUGGAGAAAUGGCUGAAGGAGGGAGCAGAUCCCAGCCUGGUGCUGCCAGAGGGAAUUGCAGCCAUUCACCUGGCCGUGGGACAGGACACGGAAGGCGCAGUACGCUGUUUAAAACUUCUCCUGCAGUAUGGAGCUGAUCCCAAUGUCAGAUCAUCUGAGGAUCUCACUCCAUUACACGUCGCUGCUUCCUGGGGAUGUAUCAAAUGUGUGAAGCUGUUGCUGAGGAACGGAGCAGAUCCGAGUCUGCUGGACCAGGAGGGACAAAGUGCCAUUGACCUGGCCAGGGAGCAGGGGAAUGUGAAAUGCUGCCAGAUUCUACAGCAGUACCAGGACUACAGUCUGCUCGAGGACACUGCGGAAGACGUACCAGCCUUUCGCUAUGUGGGUUUUCGAAGAGUGAGCAGUGCUCUUUGUUCCUUCACCAACCUGGCCGAGCUUGGUGUCACUGACUCCGUACUACCUGGAAAACCUGAGGAGUUUGACGCAGUCAGCAGAACGUGGAAAACCUUGUCUGAGGGUCAGUGGGAGUUUGUGUCCUCUGCUGGUGCACUAAGGAAUGGCUCCGGUGGUCCUUUGGGAGAAGUCACAUCGGUUUGGUCUCAGGCCUGCGGACAAUCAAUAUCUACAAAGCCACCCAGUUUGUGUGAACCCAGUGGUAUUCCUGAAGACGGAGGUGAAGGGAAAGUUGGUGAAGAUGCAGAACAUGCCAGCUGUGUGUUACUGAGUACCAGCCUGUCUCGUUUUGGGAAGUUUGAGGAGCAGGCUUUGGAAGGAUUGGUUUCUGAGGCUGACUCUCUGAAAGACCAUUCACCAUCAGACCAAGAUUUCAGAUUCCAAGAUGCUCAGGGCUUUGUUCCUGAAACUGUCAGACUGCUCUCGGACACUUCAGCAGAUGAUGACAGCUUUCUGCCUCCAUCUGCCCCAGGAACCCCUCUCCCUGGGAUCCACAGAUCAGCUACCUCCACCUGUCCUCACCCUGUCACAGCAGAACACUCGUGUGCUCCACAAACCUUGGCUGUUUCACUUGAAGAAAAGGAAGUUUUCCAGGGUGGUGGCCUCACCGGUAACACUGAGUGGCUCUCAGAGCUGGACUGUACCUGUCCUCUGAUGACGAAAUCCCAAUCCUACGUAUCUCCAUCCAAUGGAUUGAACAUGGAUUCUGAGCUUCUGGUGAGACUGCCCAGGGGCAAAGGCAUUGAUGUGACCUCCCCAGACCAUAUCUAUGAAUUUACGCAUUCGAGUGUGACCUUCUUAACGGAUUUGGACAAAACCACUGCAGUUAUUGAAGGCAGUUUAGACCACAGCCAGGUCUCAGAUCGUGAUGGCUCUCUGCACAUUGAGUGUGUCCAGUCUGAAAGUGGUGUUUCGACAUCUGGAGACAGCCCCUAUCGUAGCUGUGUCAGUGAUCCUGAAGUCUUGGCCAGUUCAGUGGGAAACUUCAGCCACAUGUGUCGACCACAACUGGACAGGGAAGAUCUGAUGAUCCCAACGGACGAGGGCUGCCUGUCCACACCAGCAGUUUCUUCAGCCGGUUACGGGGGUUCUUCUCCUUCAAGGUGUCGAAGCGGAAUUGUCCUACGGCUGUCCGAUUCCGUGCCAAGAUGCAAUGUCUCCCAGCGUUGUCCAGACUCCAGGCAGACACCCCAGUUCAAUGGUGUCCAGCUAAUUGACGAAAAUCCGGCUGCCAGCCCUUUGUCAGGGGGUACUGUACGGUCCAUGUAUUGUCUGAGUUCCCAAACUCAGUGUACUGCUGGCCAGCAGGACAGCCCACCGGCCAAGCCAGGAGCCAGAGGGAGUGGGUGGGGGGGAGUCACCUGCACCAGUGGCUGUUGGGGCCGGGUGGAGAAAGAAGCAAUGGUUCCUGGUGACGGAAUUCGAUCUCUCCCCCUGAUGACCCCAGCCGAGGGCACCGAGGAGCAGAGCGAGCCGGAAAGUCGGCGAGCCAGAGGGUCCAUUCCCAUUGGAAGUCAGGUGGAAGGCGAGGGUGUCCUGGGUUCCAGCGUGAGUUGUUCACUUUCUGACCAAGGCCCUGGGGGAGUACUCGGCCAGGGGGACGAGAGCAACACACGAGCAAGCUCGGACCAGGAACAUCUGCUGCUGGGAGACGGAGCUGUCUUGCAAAUGAGAUCCAUGAACAUCAGACCUUCUGAGGGAGGACAGCCAUCGUUUGAGCAAAGCCUGUCACCUUUUGUUACCAUACGCACCAGGAAACGAUUGGCCAACCCGGCACCUCAGAUCUGUGACUCUUCGCUCUUCGACCAGAGCAUUCCCAUGCCGACCAGAACCAGGCGAGUACGAAGGCAGCAGGAGGAUGCGGGGACUCGUUCCAGCUGGUUCUGUCCCUCUGGUAGUGUGUCUCGGGAUGGGGAGGGUGAGGAUGGCUCCCUCUCCCCCACUAACUUUUCAGCUGAAGAAGAUGCAGACUUUGACACCGUCCCCUUUGUCCUGUGUGACGGUGACAAGCCAGCCAGUGGCCAGGCAUUGGAGUCAGCAGCUGCCCACACAGUCCCCUUUUCCAUAGAAAGAGAGGCUGGAGUCCUCCCUUUGUCCUGUGAUGAACAUGGCAACAGGUUGAGUCUGCGGAGAAGAGGUCUGGCCAGCAGUGGGGAGGAGCAACAGACCCCAGCCCUUCCCCCUCGGGAGAGCCCUGCUGAACCAGAGAAGAACCAAGUGGGCCCACUGGCCAGCGGGCAGGUGGGGCCAACAUUGGGAUUGAAUGGUGCCGUUGAGAACGAGCGCUGUGACCCAGCACUGAAAGCCGUCACCCUGUGCUCUCCCGCGGGUACUGUGAAGGUGGCGGACGGCUCCAGCGUGAGUGGACUGGCAGAGUUCCCUGGCAUUCCCAGACACCGAUCUAUGGUGUGUCCAUGUCUGGUGCCACUCAGUGGAGGACUGGAUGCUCAGGGCUGGUACUGCGGUAUGCCUGAGUGUGCCAGUAGUUCACGGUCAGAGGAUCCGAGAGCAAUCUCCAACCAUUCCACAGGACUGGUGGCAAGCCAGCUGUCUCACACAGAGUGUGAGGGUCCCCUCAGUGACCACCCAGUCUCGCUGUCGCCCGGCGGACGUCCAGUCAGCUGUGGAGCGGGCGAGGCGGUGGAGUAUCUAUACACUGAUGCCAAGGGUAGCCCCGCCCUGAUCGAGUGUUGCCUCCCCUCCAGGGAUGUCAUUUGCCAAAACACAACCACCCCCAGCCCUGAGGACACCAUUCUCUAUGAUUGGAAGGCCUAUCGGAGGGCUGAGGAGAAGGAGAACAUCCCGCAGAGUGAUGAGGGGUUGCCUCCUCACCUGCAGCUCCUGUCCAACAGGCAGAUCCUCGGGCAGCUGCGGGAGUAUGGGGAGGACCCUGGGCCUGUGACCGACCUGACCAGGGCUGUUUAUCUGCUCCGGCUGCACGAGGUACAGAAGCAGCCCCGUCCCCGGACAGCAGGCUACAGCCCUGAGCUAGCUCAGAGUUUGGAGAAGUUUGUCUUCCCGGAUUGCAGUCAGGAUGAAAUGGCGUUAGUGCAACAGUUUGACCAGCCGGACCCCAAGCGCCGGUGGAGGGAAGGUGUGGUCAAGUCCAGCUUCAACUACCUACUGCUCGACCCCAGGGUGACGAAGAAUCUGCCAACUCGCUGUCAUGUCCUGUGCCCAGCAGAGUGUUUCCGAACGUUCAUCAGCUCCAUCUUCUACGUGGGCAAAGGCAAGCGUUCUCGGUCGUACUCACACGUCUGCGAGGCACUGAAGCAUUUCAAAGGUGGAAACCGGCAGGUGAAUGCCAAACUGAAGCACAUCAUGGACAUCUGGGAGAGUGGACAUGGGGUGAUCUCCUUGCACUGUUUCCAGAACGUUAUCCCGGUGGAGGCCUACACACGGGAAGCCUGUAUGGUCGAUGCUCUGAGCCUGCGGACACUGACCAACAGGAAACGUGGGGACUACUACGGACUGGUGGCUACCUGGCCCCUACGGCGGAGGCGACAACUGGGCGUCCACAUGCUGAAGCGAGCGAUGGAGAUUCUCCUGGCUGAAGGCGAGAGGCAACUCCGCCCUGCUGAUGUGUAGACAGCUGCUGCCACCGGGAGAGUGAGGGGCUCGCAGACCGGAGCUGCUGUCCGUGAGAGGGGAGACUGGCACUUUCUGACCCACCAUCCCUUGCCACCCCCAGGGUUCUGCAAUGUCUGGAUCCCUUGGUGAAUAGAGGAAGGAUCAGCCCCCUCCUUCACUCGAUGAAGUGGGAGGUGGGAAGCCCCUCCCUCACUAGAAGGGAGGGGCACCCUGUCUCCGACUGUGGGGAGGAGGAAGUUCACCCCCUCUUUCAGUGAGUGGAGUAGGAGGGGGGAGCCCUACCAUCAGUGUGGGAGGAGAGCAGUUCAGCUUUCUGCAGCUCCUGGGAAUGGAAGGUGGGAACUUCACACAGACAUUGAUUUUAUUCUGUUUUUGUUGACGGGGUCACUUCUGCCUCUUAUUGCCCAGAAGUUAGGAGCUGCUUACGAGCCGGUCUUCAGAUGGGUGUCAUGGCUCCGCCCCGCAGGACAUCUGUGAGCGAGGCUGGUGUCUGGUCUGUCUGGCAGUGUCUGCCCCUCGGUGAGGAGACAUUUCCAGAGUGCCCUGGGUUUCGGUCCUCUGGCUACUGACCUGGGACUGGAGGAGGACUGAUCUGGUCCUGACAGAUUAUUUGUGCAGGAGGAGCCAUGGCCCUGCUGUUGACUGCCUGGGAUUCAUGAUCUGAGACCAGUGUGUGCUCAGAGUUUCCCCACAUCCCUUCAGUAUGCUGCUUACACAUGCCUUCUGCCAGUGAAUUCACCAGAACUGACCUAACACAACACACGUGUUUACCAACAGAAUGCAGACACAGUGCCAACCCUUGUCCCCAAGGUAACACGACAGGUUACAGUACCAGCUCUGUGUCUGAGUACAGGUGAAAUGACAGGUUACGGUACCGACCCUGUGUUUCUGAGGACAGGCGAAAUGACUGGUUACAGUACCAGCCCCGUGUCCAGGGACAGGCGAAACUCGUUCAGACUUGUGUUUAUGUGACUCCAGACCAACUCCCAGCAACAGAGCUAGGAUCAAAUAAACGGACACUUUCUAAAUCUGGGGAGUGAAGGAGACCUGCAGCUUGUGUGACUGCUCACUGCAUGCCUGCUUUGGGUUUCUCAUUCGUCAGUCAUUAACCAGUGGCAAUCUUGCCAAGGUGAGCCUGAUGUCCACAAAAGAACUUUACGAAGGACUUGCUGAAUCGCAUUCUAAAGCGGGAACUUUCUGUGCUGUACUCUUCCUUCUCCCCACCGGAUGAUCGAUGGUGUCAGGCUGACUGCUCCCUCUCUGCCUCUCGACGUUGCUGAUGCAGGGCUGUGGCUCGGUGAGUCAGGAAAUCUGUCGUGGUGUGUUCCUGUCUCCGGCUACUGAAAGAGAACUCUAACUGGUCACCAGCAAUGGGAACCAGUCAUUGUCACUAUGCCUGCCGUGCUGGGUUUCUGAAAAGCAUUUUUAAUCUGUAAAAUUUUUUUUAUAAAAAAUAUGGAUUGUAUUUUUGAGAAAGUAACUGAAUCAUCUGACACAUAUGAGAGAUUCUGCAGAUGCUGGAAAUGUGGAGCAACACACACAAAAUGCUGGAGGAACUCAGCAAGUCAGGCAGCAUCUGUGGUCCUGAUGGAGGAUCUCGUCCUGAAACAUGGACUGUUUAUUC